UAUCGGUGCCCAGUGUCAUAUCUAAGAAAGCGCGAGACGAAAAGCAGACGCCGCAGAAAUCCGGUGAAAAGAGAUUGGAAUUGCACGCGAUCCGAACGAGCUAGAGCUAAUCCGAAAUGGGCAAGGAAAAGGCGGCCGCGUCCUACAGCAUUGGCGACCUGGUGUUCGCCAAGGUGAAGGGCUAUCCGCCGUGGCCGGCCAAAAUCACCAAGAGCAACAACAACAAGAAGUACAAUGUUUACUUCUACGGCACGGGCGAAACGGCCAACAUCAAGGUGGAGGAUCUGUUUCCGUACGCAAACAACAAGGAGCGCUUCGCCACCGAGAAGAUCAUGAAGCGCGCCAAGUUCAUCGAGGCCAUCGAGCAGAUCGAGAGCGCUCUACGCGGCGAGGAUUCGGCGCCCAUCGAUUUGCUCGGCAGCGGCGCGGAGCCAGUUGCUCAGCCCGCAUCUGGCGAUGUCGUCAAGACGGAGCAGCCAACGGAACCGGAGGCACCCACUGCUCCACCUGUUGCAGCACCGGCCGAGAAGCCCAAGAAGAGUGGCAACCGGAAGACAAAGGCGCCACCGCGCCAUGUGGACGGCGACAGCGAAGCCGGCGCUGAAGCCGCCACUACGGAAGUAACUGCUCCGCCGGCCAAGCGAAGGGUUCCUACCGAGGGUCUGGCUACUGUUACAGCCGCCCCCGCUGCCAGUUCGGCCCCGGCUCCUGCGGCCCCCACAUCCAGCAAGAAAUCAGUUAAGAAAUCCAAGCCCACGGCAGCAGUUACUCCGAUUCAGAAGCGGUCACGGCCCGUCAAUAACAUCCGGAACGAGAUGCUCAUGGUGUACAUGCCCACAGCCAAGUGUUUGGGAAUCGACAUAAACUACAACAAGCCGGAAUCCUUCGAGAGCGCCGCUGCCGAGGAAGCCUGGAUGGAGAACGCCCGCAAAGAAGCCUUGGAACUGAAACUGAAACUGGAGAGCGGCCAAAUCGAGCCAGAGUCCAUGCCCGAGAGGAUCGUGGUGGAGCCAACUCGCAGCGAGAUACCCAAGCAGGAGGCCUUGCGAUUCAUCGAGGAGCUCAUUGAGCACGAGGAUGCCCUCUUCAUGGAACGAGACUUCAUUCAACUAUCCCAGCAGCUCCGCGAGUGUUUGGGUCUGCGACGCGCCAAUGUGGGCAAAUGCCUGGAGAUCCUCGAGCAGUUCAAAGAGGUGGAGCUCACCAAAUUGAUGCUACUGCGCAAUCCGGAGUGCGUGGACAUAAUGCGACGACUGCGCCGAUAUGUGGGCAAUUUGGAACUCUGGAAAAUGGACCUUUCCGACGAGGUGGAGUUCAAGGAGAGGGCGCAGACCAUUCGCAAGGUGUCGUCUGGCAUAUACGAUGGCUUCAAGAGCCUCUUCAAUCCGGAGCCCGAGAGCGAGGACAACUUUUGGAUCGAUUUCUGCGAAAAGGUUAAAAUCUACAAGACCUACACGAAAAAUAUCAACGAAAACCUUCGCGUCGGAAUGAACGAGCGCGGAUACAACAAUCUGGUUGUGGCCAAGGAGGCCGCCGGUUCAGCCGAGUCGGCUCCACAGUGAAUGUUUGAGAGCAUGCUCUGCUUGAGCAACUGUAUGAUAAGUUACUCCUAAGCGUUACAAGCCAGGCAACUUUAAGACCGUGCUCUGGAUGACGAAGUUUUAAUGAGCCGAGUGAGCUAUUGCUUAAUUUCUAGGAUACAAAUUCAAUUAAAUUCCUUACGAGAACCUUACUGAACCUUACAUCUGUUUGCUGCCAGGUGCAUAUCGUGCAGCGCUCGGGAUGGGACUUUUCCUGCCGCAUCCGCUUAUUAUUACCACCAGACUUAAAAGCUUUUCAGCUUCAGACCCCUAAAUAUUUACUAAGUUUGUAGAUGUUUUGAAUAAUAAUGAAUUAAAAAUAGAUGGUAUAUACAAAUUCGCAA